GUAAGUGAAUGGUCCUAAUGGCACCCAAUCACGUCGGUUCCUCGAUCCCUUCCUAUAUUAAAGCACUUGUCUCUCCUCCUCACAAUUUCACAGUACUUCUCAAUUAUAUUAAUUAGUGACAUUCAAAUAAUAAAAAAAAAUAAACCACACACUUGCUUAAUUUUCAGUCCAUAUCUCUAACUUAUUAUUGUUGUUUGAUCGAUUAUGGGAAAGGUUCUUAAGAGGAGGCGUUCGGAUUAGCCGCGAAAGACAAUUCUGGAGUUCUCUCGCCUUUCCAUUUCGCUAGAAGGGAGACAGGAGAGAAGGAUGUUAGGUUCAAAGUGUUAGUUCUGUGGAAUCUGUCAUUCUGAUUUGCAUAUGAUCAAGAACGAUUGGGGAUUCUCUACGUAUCCUCUCGUACCCGGGCAUGAGAUUGUUGGCGUGGUGACUGAAGUGGGAGCCAAAGUGACUAAAUACAAGACCGGAGACAAAGUGGGAGUCGGGUGCUUGGUCGGCUCGUGCGGGUCAUGUGACAGUUGUACCGAAGGUCUCGAGAACUACUGUCCAAAAAUGAUCCAAACGUACGGAUUCAAGUACUACGACGACACAAUGACCUACGGUGGUUACUCCGACAACAUGGUUUGCGACGAAGAUUUCAUCAUCCGUAUUCCCGACAAUCUCCCACUGGACGCUGCCGCACCGCUACUAUGCGCAGGGAUCACGGUCUAUUCCCCGCUGAAAUAUUACGGGCUCGACAAGCCCAGUAUGCACAUUGGUGUGGUGGGACUAGGCGGUUUGGGUCAUGUAGCAGUGAAAUUUGCUAAGGCUAUGGGUGCUAAGGUCACGGUUAUUAGUACUUCGGACAGUAAGAGAGACGAGGCGAUUAGUAGGCUUGGUGCGGAUCAGUUCGUGGUGAGCCGUGACCCACAACAGAUUAAGAGUGCAAUGGGGACUAUGGAUGGUAUUAUCAAUACAGUAUCUGCGACUCACUCGCUUCUUCCGUUGCUCGGUUUGCUGAAACGUAAGGGCAAACUUGUUAUGGUUGGUGCACCAGAAAAGCCACUCGAGCUCUCGGUCAUGCCUCUCAUCUUUGAGAGGAAGAUGGUAAUGGGAAGUAUGAUAGGAGGGAUAAAGGAGACGCAAGAGAUGAUUGAUAUGGCCGGAAAACACAACAUCACGGCGGAUAUUGAGCUUAUCUCUGCGGAUUAUGUCAACACAGCCAUGGAACGGCUUGCAAAGGCUGACGUUAGGUACCGAUUCGUGAUUGAUGUUGCCAACACAUUGAAGCCUACUCCUUGAUUAUAAUUUUAUGAAUUGAAGUUCCCCAAUGCUUGUUUUCUUGUUUGGAUUUUGUCAUCAGUACUAUGCCUUAAUCAAACCAAUAAAUUUCAACAUUAUAUUUUCA